AUGCAGGGCAGGUCGCCAAGCUCCAUUUCGGCUCGAAAGCGACAGAUGGCCAUGUGUAUCACUUUCAGCACAAAUGUACCAGCAGGCCUCAUCAUUCCCCGAUUGUGCCUGCUAGGAACGUUCACGCCAGCAUCAGGAUUGAUCACACUACCUCUAUGCGUUGAUGGGUCCAACAACCCACCACAACCCUCUCCCAAUUCCUACAUCCGAAAUAUGGCAGCGUUCCAGACAAAUAUACUGCCACCGAGAGCAGUGCCUCAGGCCGUCGCCCCUCUACCCGCAGCUCCAGCUAUACCAGCCGGCACUUUCUUGCCAGGGACAAAAGUACAAGUCGGAAGCCAUAGAGUCGUGAUCGACAAGUACCUAUCAGAAGGAGGUUUCGCCCAUGUCUACGUCGUCACUUUACCGAGACCUGUCGAUGGAAGUGCAAAAGCGGUGCUUAAGCGCGUGGCGGUACCUGGUAAGGACCAUCUGGCCAACAUGAGGAAUGAGGUUGAAACAAUGAAGAGGUUGAGAGGACACAAGCACAUUGUGAAAUACAUUGAUUCGCAUGCCUCAUCGUUGAAGAAUGGAGGCUACGAGGUCUUCCUGCUGAUGGAGUGGUGCGAUGGAGGUGGUCUGAUUGAUUUCAUGAACACAAGAUUGCAGAAUCGUUUGACAGAGCCGGAAAUCAUCAAGAUUUUCACAGACGUCGCAGAUGGUGUAGCGUGUAUGCACUAUCUCAAACCAGCUCUUUUGCACCGAGACCUCAAGGUUGAGAAUGUACUCAUCUCGACCAACGGAAGUACGAGGACAUUCAAGCUUUGCGAUUUUGGUUCUGCUGCUCCAGCUAGACCAGCCGCAACGACUGCUGCUGAAGGUCGCUUGAUCGAGGACGAUGUGAAACGUCAUACCACUCUUCAGUAUCGAAGUCCGGAGAUGAUUGACGUAUAUCGGAAACAGCCCAUCGACGAGAAGAGUGACAUUUGGGCUCUAGGCUGCUUUUUGUACAAACUGUGCUAUUAUACAACCCCUUUUGAGGCCGUAGGUCAAAACGCCAUCUUAAAUGCCAGCUUCAAAUACCCAGGCUACCCCAGGUUCUCAGAUGAACUGAAGCUUUUGGUCGCAACAAUGCUUCAGGAGCAGCCGUCUAGAAGGCCAAACAUUUAUCAAGUUCUCGCGAAAGCCUCCAAGUUGGAUGGCAGGCCUUUAACUAUUCGCGACAUCUACAGUAACCGAGCACAUUCAGAAGACAACCGUGCAAAGACCUCAGACAUCUCUGCGACCUCAGAACCAAGGACGGGAGCUAGUCUGGCACCUCCUGCACAUGAGCUUCCUCGAGCAAUACCAGAUGUUGAGCCAAUGCGUAGAGGCCGUCCGACUAAACCCAUGUCUCACCAUACUUCGGCCAAGCCUUCUCCAUCUCCAUUGAGGAUGGUAGACCAUUCCGACGCUUUCGCUAAUCUCGAUGGCGGUGCUGGAGCUGAUGAACUCUCCUCAAGAUUUCCAAGACUUGAGGAAUUCUCACUGCUAAACGACCAAGGCUCGAAAUUUGCGUUCCAGCCAGCAGCUGAAAUGCCGGCUGGGAAGUCGGACAAUGACUUGGCAAAAAGAGUGACAGAAGCCCUUGCAGAUGAUGCUUUCAGGCGACCUGCAAGUCCACCCAAGCCAGCACUUUUGUCCUCAAGCAAGGUACUGGAAACCCGUCAGUCGAAUGGAUUACAGAAAAAGAAGUCAGCAGAAACCACGAAUGCCCGAGCCUCACCUGCGAGCUUCGAUCCUGCGACAGCAGGGUCGAAGACGACAUCUACCGCAGUCGGCUCUUCACCACCUUUACGUCCAAUGUCAAUUCAAGUAUCGAAGAAACCAAUCUGGAAAGUCCCCGAGAAACUUGAGAAUCCUGUACGAGCAUCCAGCAUCACGCAAGCCUCGAGUCAAACGAAACCUAUACUUGCUAAGGACAGAGGUGGCUCUCGCCUUGCAAACUUGCUUCAGCAAGAUGCUGUAGGUUCUCAACUCAGCCACGAUGAAGAGGCAAUUUCACCGACGUCAUCGCGACCGUCCCUUGAGGGUGCGAGACCACUGUUGAGAGACUUGAGCUCAGAUGUGAAGCGAUCUAAGUCACUUAAUGUGCGCAAUAGACCUGUCAGCGUCAAUAUAGCGAGCGCAAGACCGACACAUAUCAACGACCGAGAAAUCAAGAAGAUAGAUGAGGCUCGAAUUGCAGAUAUUGCUGCGGAUAUGGCUCCAUUGACUCAUGCUGUAUCAGAAAACUCCAACACAAAUAUCAAAUCUGAUAUCGAGUUUCUACGAGCGCGUGAAGAGGAAGAGCGGGAAAGGCACAAGCAUAUGAAAAGACUAAGUGGCAGUAAAGGCCACCAUCAGAAAAGGUCUAGUCUUCCUUCUGUGGCGUUGUCAGGCACAAAGAACCUAUUGCAAGGACGCUUUGGAGAAGCUUUCCGAAAGUUCGAGACGGCUGGAGGUGAAAGGUCGCAUAAUCAACAACAUGAUCGCACACCGCCACAUUCUCCAACAGCUGAAGAACAUCAUAUCUUGACACCUAUAGCUGGAUCAGAAGCGACAGACCUUAGCGAUGACCGGCGAGGAUUGGAUGAAACAGAAGAACUUCCACCUGAAUUGAGAAGAGAGUUAGAGAAACAAAAACUAGAGGCCGAGGAGCGUAGGGUCGAACGGGCAGCGGCAGAAUAUCGACAAAGAGUGGCGGGCAAGACAUCCGCACCACCACUUAUCAGUACGAAAGCCGCAUCCAUACAAAACAGAGUUCAGUCACUCCUCAAUCAGAAUGAUAGAUCACCGUCUAAGACCGCUACAGGUUAUGGACGCUUCACUGCAGAAACGUUGCAAUCAGAGCCUACCCCGCUACCUGAUCAGCGCGACUCGAAACCAAUAUCGGCGCCUGCCUCUGCUAUCGACCUUCAGGCACAGGGUCGAAUGCAAAGACCCAUGGCCCCUCCGAAACCACAAGUUCUACGUACAGGCACAAACGAAGCCGUCAGUUUGCAGAAGCAGCAGCAAACGCUCCCUCCAGACAACUGGGAAGAUGAUUUCCAAAAGAAAUAUCCAGACUUAUCAGGUGUGGAUGCACAGACACUUCCUCUGGUAGAAAGGCAUAGGCAACAAUUGCGUAUGAAAGAAAUAUAG